GAAGACGUAUAUUAUGCUCGGUAAUGUAAAUGUUGUACUUGUAUCAGCAUCUUCAACUCGGUUUUGCUUUCGUGCCGCUCCUCGAAACGAACGAGAGUGACACGUGGCGCGCAGAACUGGCUGCGCUGCUUUUCAGAGGUACUUAAUAUCGUCCCUGUAUGUCGAUGUCGUACAACAAGCGAAAUUUCGUAAAGAGGGAAGAGCAACAACAAGAACCGCUCGUGUAUUUCAAUUUCUAGGUCUAUUCGUUCAGAGAAUUACUAGCCACAUCGUCUCUCUUCUCGUCCUCGGAUGCAAAAUCGUCCUUUCGGGUCGUCUAUUCGCUCUGACUUUUCGUCGUCUGAUUCUCGGCUGUAAAAAUAACAAUAUCAACAUCGACGUCGUGUUUGUCUUUGUACCAUACAGGGCUUUCCCUUCGAGCUAAAUCUCCGUGGUUACACCCAAUUUUGUAUUUUUUCCACUUCCCAAAAAAAAAUGUGAUAAUUUCAAUUUCAUACAACUUUUCUCUACCAUCUUCUAUCUCAAAACGUAUUUUUUUAUUACGCAGUUUGAUUCAUAGCACUUUGCUGUACAAUCUGUGACAGAAUGGGUCGUCGACAGAACCAGUUUCUGCUCUUCGCAGCCGCGGCGACGUCCCAACACGCCGUUGGCUACCAAGAGCUAAAGCGGGACAAAAUUUCUACGCAAGAGGAGCAUGAGCGCGAGGAGGAACACGAUAAGACCAACGCGCACGACAAAGUCGACAGCGCAUCGGCGUCUGCGUCAGCGUCGAAAUCUGCUUCCGCAUCUUCAUCAUCAAGUUCCUCCUCUUCUUCCUCGUCCAAAAAAGCGCUGCAAGAGAACACCAACGCUGCCAGUACGAAGGAGCGGAAGCAGGCGAGCCAGAAUGCAGCGGCAGCAGCGUCAGCAUCUGCAUCUGCCUCCUCAUCUACUUCCAAGUCUGCCACGGCGACAGGAGUAGAGAAAAAAACCGUAGCAGCUGCAAAAACGACUGCGCAGGACAAGUUGAAAAGCGAAAGCGCAGCCGCUUUGAAGAGCACCAGCACGGAAAAGUUUUCUCCGAAGGCACAACAGGAGAUGCUGGAACAUCCGGGAGCGAACGUCAUCCGGGUAGGAAUAAUUUUUCCCUUUAUUUCUUGUCGAUAUUGGUAUUACUGAUGCAGCAAUUUGAAUUUUGAUUUUGAAUUUGAACCAUGAUGCCAUGCGAGAAAAGGGUUGGAUUUGUACUAAGUCAACUCCUGUCCUUUCCUUGCGUCGGUCCGGCAGCUCUGAAACCUAGAAUAGUACCACUUCGUGACUGCAAAAAAUAAAUUUACCAAAUAAUGAUGAACCAAUGAUACACAGGCCCCCGACCUUCUUUCGAGUGAUCCCGACUCUUCCCCCGAGCAACUUCCCGCGGCGGUUACGACGCCGGAGGAGGCACUGGGCUUGGCGAGCGCGGCCAGAAUGGUCUCGAUCAAGGACACGGAACAGCUCCUGUCCGGCGACAUGCCAGGUACAACUACAACCAGUGGAGCUGCGGCCAACGCUACCAAGGUGAAAAACACGGGAAAGGGGAAAAAUUCGAAAUUUUUGUAUGUUGCUAAAGCGGCUCCCUUCUGAAAUCUAGUGGCACCGGGAUGGCCGGACCCACCGGUCCGAUGGCCCGGCGCGAUCUCCUAUCGGCGGCGCUUCUGUCUGCUGAGUUCCAGCAAAGCGUAACCACCCACCCUCCGCAAGAUCGGCGCAUUGUCGCCCAUAUUUGCGCGCCCCAAUUUUUGCCUCCGCGUUCGUGCCGGAAGUCGGGCGCCCGCUUUUCUGUCAAACACGAACCCGCCCGAGGCAGCGGCGGCAAAAGGGCUGAGAGGCCCCAAAGACUUGGCCGUCCCGUUUUUUUUCUUUUCCGAAUUGGCGCAAAAGGGCCCGGGGGAUGGCGGGCCCUAUUUGGGCCGGAUCGAGGCCGCCCGCCUUCGGCUGCUGGCGAUCGCGAUGGGCGACCCCACAACACCGAAGCUCUGCGAGGGCCUUAUGAGGGAACGCCCAGAACACGACAUAGCUUUGGGACCCAAUUCCGGUAUAUUCAGACUGGGUUUUGCUUUUGCAAUGUGAGACUGCUUCUGCUCUAGUACAAAUUCACGGGAAUGGACAGGCAUGGCCUGGGGCUUCGGGAAAUGGCGCCGGCCCCCUGGCCCGGAGCCCGGCGCCGCCGGGGGCCCGGCAGUGAUGUUAAAACGAAGCGCGAGCGUUUUCAAAUUGUAGACAGGCCCGGGGGUAGGCCUUCUACGUAAAGUGCCUCUUGAUAUGUUGCGCGCGGUUUUUUGGCGUUUGCGAUUCCGUCGCAAAUCACCAAGGCCAUGCGCAUGCGUGUGGUUCUCACCUCUUUCAAAAAUGAGGCAUGGCAAAAUUUUGAAUUUUUCCCCUUUCCUGUGUUUUUCCCCUUGGUAAACGCGGUCCCCUCCUUGUCCGGCGACAUGCCGGGUACAACUACAACCAGUGGAGCUGCGGCCAACGCUUAUGUCUUCAACGGGCGUUAGCAUACGGAAGGGUGAAUUUGCAGUGAAUUUGUAUUGCAUGACUUGCAUUUUUUACUAAAGAGAAUUACGCUGCGUAAAGGGCUGGACACGAGCAGCCCAAGCAGCCCACGCAGCGUGAAGGGCUGCUCGUCGCUCGGUGGCACUUGCAGCACCGAAAGAAGCGGGCUUACGGGGCCCGCCGGGCCGUGUAGUGCAUAUGUAACUAAAGAAGGUGGAUCGUGGGGCUCUUGUUCAUCGCGCGUUUACCUCAGAAGCUUCUCGCCGGAAUGGUCGAAAGGGAGGGCGACGCCUGAACACAGGGGCACUAGUAGUCCAACGGGUACGCUCUCGCGAGUUGUGGUUUGGAAUUGGAUAGCUGAGAGUAGCCUCGGGUGGAAGAGAAGGCACGACUCGGCCGCGGGCACUAGUUUGCUUCCCCUGUGGUGCUCGGCUUACAACUCCGGAGCGAGACAUUUUCGAGGUGGCUUCCAGGUCAAGACUUCUCUUGGUGAAUUUUAAGGCUUUUUGUUUUGGCGACACUUUUUUGAAGCCCCAAAACCCGGAGUUUCUCGCGCGUUAGCGAAUUUUGAAUAGGCACCUUGGGCCAAAAUUCACCCACGGCUUUUUCAAAAUUCACCCCAAAAUUCACCGAGCGCCAUCUUUCGACCGUGAUAAGCAAAGUCUAGCGCAAAAAAGUGCGCCAAAAAACGCGCGGGUAGGCCCUGGGAAGUGGGGCCGAGGGGAAAAGACAAGCGCCCUCUGUUGCCCUCCGCCCGUCUAUAUUCUGCCGAAAAGGCCUGGGGAGUUCACGCGCCUGCCGGAUAGACGCGCCAAAGCUCUCGGCCUGGUCCUUUUGCCCUUGCUUUCGCGCCUUCAUCUUGCGUAAACUGUAUGCGCUUCGCGGCUCUUGUUUUUGGCGUCUUUGCCACGGCUGCUGCAGUGCUUGCUCUUCUGCAAGCACAGGAAGACGCAAGGACAUGGCCAAAGAACGACGCCCAGGCCAUGUCCAGCCGUCCGCCGCAUAACCUGCGAGUUCUGCGGUGUGCAGACCGCUCUUCCCAGAAGGGCGAGAGGGACAAUGUCCCGGCAGUCUCCUCUGCUAUUUGUCAUGCGAAAUUCAUUAGAGAUUCACCACGUCUCAUGCUAACGGGUGUUAAAGCUUUAAGCCGGCGACAUGCCGGGUACAACUACAACCAGUGGAGAACAACAAGCCAACGCGGAAACCGCCGGCACAGCUGCCAUGACAGCGCAACAAACUGCCAAUGGUGUGACCACGCAGAUGGGGCCCAACGGCCAGGAGGUCAUCGUGAUCCCCGCGCAGACGGGCCACCGCCGGGGCUUAGCACCGAUCGUGCUGGAACCGGGCAGUGUGUCCCUCGCGAAAGCGAAGGAGGUGUUGGAUGAGAUGGAAAACCAGCGCACCUGGUACGACUGGAUCGUGCAACUCGCGAGCGGCACCGGAGCCAGGACCUUGAACGGACACGAACUGCAAAUUAAAGCGGGUAAAUUCAAAUUGAUACACUUUCAUAUUGUAGUUGAUACAACUAGAUUGCACCAAUAAGUAGAGCAAGCGAUAUAUAAUUUGGCUUCUGCUGGGUUCAUCUUUUCUACUUGGCCCGCCUCGACAAAUUUCUUAGCAAUGCAAUACCUCCUUGCAGACACAGAUCAUGGAGGAAGAAUAAACAACUACAUCUGAUAGGAUCAGAUGUUGUCCUCUAUGUGUAAGUACAAGAGCGUAAAAAUUUUGACUCAGGUGCCGGCAUUUCCGAGCGGCAGUUGGAGGCGUUGCGUAUUGAGAAAGCCAUGGUGAAGCGGAUGAACGUGCAAGACCUCGCCGUGCUCAUCCUUCUGGCGCUGAUCUACUUCGUGACGCUCUGCUUCGGGUGGUCCAUCGUGUACCGCAUGUCCGCGAACCAGUCCUCCGUGACCUACUACGCCGACCCGCGGUGCCACCCACUGGUGUCCGAUGCGCAGGACGUGGAGGGCAUCGUCGCGGACUUCGACGUGCCGCCCACCCGGGCCUACGUCCAAGUCGUCGGCUGGGAAAAAACGCCCAGCCGCCACGGCGUGCUCUGGCGCGGCGGACGGUGGCAGGUAAAUUUAUAGGACUCGUGUUGUAUGUACGUGCAAAAUCUAAUCCCGUUUUUGGGUAAAAUGUCCUGUGUCUCUCGUAGUUUGCGUUCUUUUCCAAAAUUCCUGUGAAGAACUACUUGUUCAAAAUCUAAAGCAUACUUAUCUUAUCAGGUCGCCUUCCAAUUUGCCCUGGACGUUUCUACUUUUCUGGAAAAAUAUGAAUUGCAAAAGUAUCGUACUAGUAGUAAUUGCAAUACAAAUUCGCUCAGCAUGACAAAUGGAAUUUGUCAUGCUGAUUUGCCUUGGGAACCAGAUUUGUAAUGCAUAAACGCAAUUAGUACGAGUGCGACACUUUUGCACAGGAUAAAAAAGUCGCGGAUUUUUCCGACGCGGACUCGGAAAAGGUGCAGAAAUUUCUCAGUUCCAACAACGAUCUCGAUAUCCUAGGUAAAAGCGUCCCCAUACCAGAGUCAAGAUGGAAACUCUGCUAGACAGAUCAGCCAACUUUGGUUGUUUCGCAUGACAAGUUUGAUGUCCUCGUAAUGUAAUCCUUUUGAGCUAGUUCUGUUCAGCAGCACCACAGAUCUAGCAUAUCAUGCUGAUUAAGAUUAUAGCAUCACAAGUCCCAAAACACGACUAGAAAUGCCUCUCAUGGGGCUCAGCAUGAGAAACUUUGUUGGCAUGCAGAUUUGCAUGACAGCUCUGGGGUGGGGACGGUUUUGCUCAGGAUACUCGAGCAGUUGGUGAUUGAGAAGGAAACCACCUGGCAGGGGUUUGACGAGCUGGUAUCAAAUGCAAAAAUGUCUGGGUCUCGAAGGUGGUAACUUGUGAUGCUGUCUUUGGAUUCCAAAAAAAUCUGUAUUGCCUGACUAGCAAGAGGAGUCCAGUUUGUGCUACGCGGGGAGGGCAUUUCUCAUGCGGAAUAAGCAUCAGGAAGCCCGCUAAAAAUCUGUGAUGCUAGGGCAUGCAUUACAGGCAUUAUGGGCCAUGCAAAAUAUGUAUGACAAACCUGGCAAUCUUCCAGACCCAGACAUAUUUGCAAUGCAUAGCUGGUCCAGCAGAUCAAAAAACGCAUGAAAAUGGCGUCCAACGUCUACAACAGCAACAACAUUGUGAUGGACGUGCAGCUGAAGGCCGGCGACGAGGUGACCAUAUGCUCUGCAAAAGUACCGUACACGUAUGAUAAAUUGCACUCAAGCAUGACAAAUAUCUUUCCCAACGUGAAUCAGCAUUACAAAUUCCAAUUUUGUUCUUGGCGCAAAUUGUAAUGCAAUUUAUACUAGUACGAUACAAUACUUUUGCAAUGCAUAGGCCAUCUUCGCGAACAAAACCUGGGCGAAUUUCAUGCACAACCGGACGACGAAAACCUUGUUCAUUCUCUCCGUUUUCGGCGCGCUCUUCUACUUCCCCUACAUGUACUUCCGGUGCGUGAAGACAAAAGUGAAAUCCUACUACCGCGUGAACAACUCCAUUGCGAACUUUUGGGAGCUCAUCGAGUCCAAACUCUCCCCCAACGACGGCUUCAUCCAGGGCGCUGGCGUAGCCGCGACGAACCAAGGCGGUGGAGGUCUAUCAAUUGUAAAAAUGUCUGGGUCUGGAAGAAUGGAAGGCUUGUCAUGCUUGUCUGGCAUGACCCAUGAUGCUUGUAAUGCAUGACCCAGCAUCACAGAUUUUUGGAAAGCUUCCUGAUGCCAUUUCCGCAUGACAAAUGCCCUCCCCGCGUAGCACAAAUGUGUCUCCUCUUGCUGGUCAUGCAAUACAGAUUUUUUUAGACUCCAAAGUUAGCAUCACAAGUUCCAACUUUCCAGACCCAGACAUUUUUACACUUGAUAUGGUCCGAAUGGCAGCAAUAACGCAGGUACUUCGUUUUUCAGCGGCUACCUGGGGAACCCGACCAACAGCCAGGACCCCUCCCCGGUCAGCGGAAGUCGGACGAGCUCCAUGGGCAGCUUCUUUUCCUAGAAGAAAGAGGAGGUCUUUAGCGAAGGACCAGCUUUUGUUUUCAAAUUAACAACUGUUGAAAUAACAGUCCCUAAAGUAGAACCAUGUUAAUGAAGCAAAAAAUGCCGGGGGUAGUAAGUAGAUAGAAAACGACCAACAGUUGGAGCAGGUCGCAGAAAAUCAAAACGAGCAAACAGCAACAGCACCACAUAAACGCUAUUUCGAAAAUGCACCCGUGUACAACAAGGUGUGCCACGGUAUUUUCCUUACCGAGCACUUCUACGCUUGACUGUUUGUACCACGACCCCGCUUUCGCCCCAUUCUUGAAGCCUGUACCUUAUUAAUUUCAUCUGUACCAAUGCCAAUCUUUAAGUGUUCCUUUUCUGUUUGUCUAACUACAUAUUCCGUUGUACUAAACGUAAACCUCAAACUUGUAUCAGUUUCUGCAAUUCAAAUUCUAUUCAUCUUUCUGAUGCCACGGAACAGCUCGAGCAGCCGGCUUUUCAGGCUGAGCAGCCCGGCUGAGCCAACGGCUAUUGGAUCUCCGCGUAUUUUAUAAAGUAAGUAUCUGUAUCUCUGUAUCAAAAACCUCCAGACGUUUUCUACUCCUAGUUCUGCGCACCGGUAGCGCCACUGUACCUACUACUUCGCCGAUGCUGAUGAAUUGUGUGGCGCGCCGUGGCAGGUUUACCCGAGGAAGAUUCCGCUUGUGCACACCAGUUUGCAUCGAUCAUAUUUGUUUCAAAGCAGGAGGCUGUCAAGAUGGAUGAUGAAUCGAAGCAGGGAUGACAUCAACUACAACUCCGCGGCGAGGAGCCAGCUAGCUAUAGCACGUUGCAAGACCACACCUAUCGGAUACUAGGGAAAUAGUGAAAAGGAAUCACUCAAAAACGAACUACCAAAACGACCCUGUAGUAGUGCAUGGUGGAGCAGUUGCGAGCAGUCCGAGGGCCUGCUCCCACAUGAAGGCCUCCGCACUGGGACCACGAAAACUAUCGCUAAUAAGUACGCUCCUGCUAGUACUGCUGUGCACGACUACACAGGAUGAAAUAGGAUCACAAACCACAUUUUUUCCAACUCUUCACUACUAGAACACUUAGCGACCAUGUAUUGAAACCUAAUGUACGAAGGAAAUAAGUACGACAAAAU